AUGUAUAAACCUAAAGUGCAUUGUGAUUGCGUAGAAGAAUAUCUUUAUGUACAAAUCGUGAUGUCUUGUCCCCAUCAUUAUGGCACUAUGGUUCCUGAUGGAGAUGAAAAUGAUCCCGUGGUCCUCGUGUCCAGAAGUAAGGGGAAAGGAAAAUUUCAGCUUUGUGAUGAAGAUGAAAAUUAUAUUGAUGAAAAUGAUCCUGGUAUCCUGGUGUCUAGAACUAAACAGAAAGAAAUACAGAUUCUUGUUGAAGAUGAUGGUAAAGAUUUUCCUGUUAUCCGGGUGUCCAGAACUAGGUGGAAAGGAAAAUAUCAUAUUCUUGAUGAAGAUGAAGGUGAAGAUGUUCCAGUGACCACUACGGUGGAUGGAGAAGCUGAAAAUGUUGUUCCAAAAGCAAAAGCUUUGCCAUGUGAAUAUUGUCAAAUGAUCAGUCAUUGGACAGCUCAAUGCCCUCAAGAACAGUUGACACAUUGGUUAGAAAAUGAAAUUUCUGCCGAAGAGCAUGAUGAUGCAACAGACAAUGCUCUUGAACCACGAGCAGAUUGCUCGGGGAAUUUAGACAUGGAUGAAAGAAAAGAUCAGAAUGAGGAAACAUUGAAGGUCAUUAUUGCACCUGAUGAACCAGCAGUAGAGACACUAAACUUAGUUCCUGAUGAUUAUGAACUAUAUUGGUUUUGGGAUCAGUGUUCGGUAUCUGGAUGGAUUUGUCAACACUGUUAUGGGGAGUUUAAACAUGGAGAGUGGGAGGAGUUGUCAAAUCUGCCCCCUACUCGAAAGAGAAUGGGCCGCUAUAGCAAGGUCAGUGAAGAGAAUCUAGGUCCUACUAUCCCCAGUCCGAGAAGAUUUAGCCAGAGACUUAGGGGGAGGUUGUUGUGGGCGAAAACUCCCAUGGGGGCCCAGGAAGCUCGACAACUUCUCCAAUUGAUAUUCGUGUAG